GCCCACCUCCUAAACCCUAGCCGCCGACCCCGCUCCCUUCCGCGCCCCUCUUUUUCCCUCUACUUCCCCCGCCGGAGAGGCGUUUCAUCAUCAUUUGAAUGGGCGAGCGGGGAAGCAUCUUCUAAACCCUCCUCCGCCCCCCGACCCGGCCCGAACCCUAGACACCCUCGCUCGCCUCCGCCGUCCCCGCAGACCACUCGCUCCUUCUCUUCCGUGGCCCCUCGCGCCGCUGUCCAGGUCUCCUAGGCUCUCGCGGAGCGGGGAUCCGUCCGGGCUUGGAUUGAUAUCUUCUCUGGGUGGUGUCACCAGUGGUAGAUUUGGCAAUGGAAUUGCAUAUGCCCCCACAUGUUUCUUCAGCUGACUAACAUGGAAGACAUAGUGUAUAUUUGUACCUUCAGGUAGCAAUAACUUUGACUCUAGCUUCAUCAGAGACAUUGCAAGGAAUAGACAACUCUCCUACUUGGGGCGGAGGAUACCCAUAUAAGGCCUGGAAGGGUGUUGUGCUCAAAGAUGUGUUAUACAUAUACAUAUUGGAGAAGGGUUUAAUGCUUCUUUGCCCCGAUCAUUUAAGUUCUUUGCACCGCCAUCCAAUUUGUUAGAUGCGCGCGUCACUGUAUUAGUCCACUUGUGGCACUCUUUGCUAUCACUAAUGUAGCCCAUCCAUCCAUCAAUCUGGUUUGGUGGUUCUUCAGCGUGUGCAUGAUCUCAAUCAGAUCCCGUGCCACCACUGGGUGCAUCUACCUUAGCUGCUAACUUCAUAUGUCAGGAUAAAGCAUUUGAUACAGCCAUGGAUAUCACCCAGAUUCUGCUAGCUGCUCAAUCUCCGGAUGCUAACCUUCGGACAGUAGCAGAAGCUAACCUCACGCAGUUCCAGGAGCAGAAUCUUCCUAACUUCCUCCUCUCCUUAUCAGUAGAGCUCUCAAAUGAUGAAAAACCUCCAGAGUCUAGAAGGCUUGCUGGUAUUAUCCUUAAGAAUUCAUUGGAUGCAAAGGAUUCUGCAAAAAAGGAGUUAUUAACUCAACAAUGGGUCAGUGUGGAUCCAUCUAUCAAAUUGAAGAUCAAGGAGUCAUUGCUUAUAACACUAGGAUCUUCGGUGCAUGAUGCAAGGCAUACCUCAUCUCAAGUCAUUGCUAAGGUUGCAUCCAUUGAGAUACCACGUCGAGAAUGGCAAGACCUCAUUGCCAAAUUAUUGGGGAACAUGACAUUGCCAGGUGCAUCUGCUCCCUUGAAGCAAUCAACGCUAGAGGCAUUGGGGUAUGUCUGUGAGGAGAUUUCUCCGCAGCACUUGGAGCAGGAUCAAGUGAAUGCUGUUCUGACUGCUGUGGUCCAGGGAAUGAACCAGGCAGAGCUCAGCCCUGAAGUCCGUCUUGCAGCAGUUAAAGCCCUGUAUAAUGCUCUUGACUUUGCUGAGAGUAACUUUGCAAAUGAAAUGGAGAGGAAUUAUAUAAUGAAGGUGGUUUGCGAUACUGCUGUGUCUAAAGAAUUGGAGAUCAGACAGGCCGCCUUUGAAUGCCUUGUUGCAAUUGCAUCCACAUAUUAUGCACACUUAGAUCCUUAUAUGCAAACCAUAUUCAACCUGACAGCUAAUGCUGUGAAAGGAGAUGAGGAACCGGUUGCACUUCAGGCUAUUGAGUUCUGGAGUGCUAUUUGUGAUGAAGAGAUUGAACUCCAAGAUGAAUACGAAGGAUCUGAAGAUGGUAACUCUACUGUACAUUUUCGCUUUAUUGAAAAGGCCCUCUCUUCACUUGUUCCAAUGCUGCUAGAAACUCUAUUGAAGCAAGAGGAAGAUCAAGAUCAAGAUGAUAAUGUAUGGAACAUUUCCAUGAGUGGUGGGACAUGCCUUGGGCUCAUUGCUAGAACUGUUGGCGAUGCAAUUGUCCCUCUUGUGAUGCCGUUUGUUGAGGCCAACAUCACAAAGCCUGAUUGGCACUGUCGCGAGGCAGCUACCUUUGCAUUUGGUUCUAUCCUUGAAGGCCCCUCUGUUGAAAAACUUGCUCCACUGGUGCAGGCUGGUCUUGAUUUCUUGCUCAACACAAUGAAUGAUCCAAACAGCCAGGUCAAAGAUACUACUGCAUGGACUCUUGGGAGGGUAUUUGAGCUCUUGCAUUCUCCAGCCGGUGCAAAUCCAAUUAUAAAUGAUGCGAACCUUCCUCGUAUCAUGACUGUGUUGCUCGAGAGUAGUAAAGAUGCUCCAAAUGUGGCUGAGAAAGUCUGUGGAGCUGUUUAUUUUCUUGCCCAAGGUUAUGAAGAUGCAGAGUCCAUGUCUUCUGUGCUCACACCUUUUCUCCCUAGUGUCAUUGCUGCUCUUCUUUCUGCUGCAGAUCGUGCUGAUAUCACCCAUUUCAGGCUUCGUGCUUCUGCUUAUGAAGCACUGAAUGAGAUUGUGAGAGUCAGCAACUUACCUGAAACUUCAGGCAUUAUAGGCCAGUUACUGCAGGAGAUCAUGAGAAGAUUGAACCUUACAUUUGAUCUCCAUAUACUUUCUUCUGGUGACAAGGAGAAGCAAAGUGAUCUGCAGGCUUUGCUGUGUGGUGUACUGCAGGUCAUCAUCCAGAAACUGAGCAGUACAGAUGCAAAGUCCAUAAUUGCCCAGACUGCUGAUCAGUUGAUGUUUCUGUUUCUGCGUGUCUUUGCUUGCCACAGUUGUACUGUGCAUGAAGAAGCAAUGCUUGCAAUUGGUGCUCUUGCAUAUGCUACUGGUCAAGAUUUUUUGAAAUACAUGCCUGACUUCUUCACAUACCUGGAGGCUGGCUUGCAGAAUUAUGAUGAGUACCAAGUGUGCUCCAUCUCUGUAGGGGUGGUGGGUGAUAUUUGCCGUGCCUUGGAAGAUAAAGUUUUGCCCUUCUGUGAUCGCAUAAUGACCGUUCUUCUUAAAGACCUCUCAAACUCUAUGCUCAAUCGGUCCGUGAAGCCUCCAAUUUUCUCAUGCUUUGGAGACAUUGCUCUUGCUAUUGGUGAGAAUUUUGAGAAAUACCUGACAUAUGCCAUACCGAUGCUUCAAGGAGCUGCAGGACUCCUGGGUACUCUUGAUCAAAGUGAUGAUGAUAUGGUUGAUUAUGGUAACCAGCUUAGACGGGGUAUUUUUGAGGCAUACUCUGGUAUACUCCAGGGUAUAAAGGGCCCAAAAGCUCAGCUGAUGAUACCUUAUGCAACCCAUCUACUGCAGUUCACUGAAGCUGUCUUUAAAGAUAGGAGCAGGGACGAGAGUGUGACAAAAGCUGCAGUUGCUGUCCUUGGGGAUCUUGCGGACACACUUGGCCCGAGCUCAAAGGAUCUGUUCAAGAGCAACCUCUUCCACGUUGAGUUCUUAAGGGAGUGCCUCGAUUUGGAUGAUGAAGUUAGGGAGGCUGCAUCAUGGGCCCAGGGAAUGAUAAACCAAGCAGUGGUUUCUUGAUGUGAGGUGAUUUUAUUGUCAGUUAUGGGAGGUUUCUUUAGUGGUUGUGCCAAGUCCAUUUGCCACAGGUGAACGAAAGGAUACCAAUAUAUAUUUAGUGUCAGUCUUAGGAUCCUUGUUGUGCUUUGUUGUCGGUCUGUCGAGCUGUUGUCGGUCACAUUAGACCGGGUGGAUUUUGGCUAUGAAUGUAUUGAACAACAUAACUUGUUCAUUUAUCCAAUUAUCGGUAUUAUUUAACGUGGUUGAUGUUUGUGGUU